AUGGAAGCGCUUUCGUUCAACAUCAAUGGCGGCUAUUUAGAGGGCAUUGUCCGAGGAUACAAGAAUUCGAUGCUGACGCCGUCGAACUACCAGGCUCUCACGCAGUGUGAGAAUCUGGAAGAUCUACGUAUGCAGCUGUCAGCGACAGACUAUGGCAACUUUCUUGCGAACGAGCCAUCGCCACUCGCAACAUCCGCCAUUUCACAGCGCGCGACGAACAAACUUGUUGCCGAGUUUGAAUACCUUCGCAACAAUGCUGUCGAGCCGCUCAGCAGGUUCCUUGACUACCUGACAUACUCGUACAUGAUCGAUAAUGUCAUCCUACUGAUCACAGGCACGCUGCAUGGUCGCGACACGCAUGAGCUACUUGACCGUUGUCACCCCCUUGGCUGGUUUGAUACGCUUCCAGCACUUUGCGUCGCAACAAAUGUCGAGGAACUCUACCGGACCGUGUUGGUUGAAACGCCUCUCUCGCCGUAUUUCCGCGACUGCUUCUCGUCAUCGGACUUGGAUGACCUUAAUAUUGAAAUCAUUCGGAACAAGCUGUACAAAGCAUACCUUGAAGACUUUGCAGCUUUUUGCAACUCGAUCGGCGGACCGACAGCUGAAAGCAUGAAUGAACUUUUGGCAUUCGAGGCUGACCGACGCACCAUCAAUAUCACAAUCAACUCGUUCGGCACUUUGCUGAGCAAGACGGAACGUGCAAGACUUUUCCCAAGUUUUGGCAAACUAUUCCCUGCUGGCAACAAUGCGCUUGCUAAGGCUGACGAACUUGAUCAAGUGAAGACCAUUGUUGAGUCUGUACCAGAAUACCGCCGCUUGUUCGAUGACAGCAGUGUUGGUGCCAUUGGGUCGGCUGAUGCUUCUUUUGAAACACUUGAAGACAAAAUGUUUGAAUAUGAAGUCGAACUAAAUCGUCUCCUCACCAUGACACAAUUUCAAUAUGGCAUUUUUUAUUCUUGGCUCAAACUGAAAGAGCAGGAAAUUCGGUCUAUUUGCUGGAUCGCCGAAUGCAUCGCUCAGAAUGCACGUGAUCGCAUCAAUGACUUUGUUCCCCCUGUUUAG